ACCAGGAAGUAACGUGUAACAACAGUCCUGGAUAUUUGAAGCACACGACAAUGGGAUGACUGAUGAGCUUUUGGACUGAAAAUGGAAAAGUAUUUCGCACUGUGCCUUUUAAUUUAUGCCAUCGCUGGCUGUUUAGCUAACGAUCUCACUUACUUGAACGGCUUUUACUCUAAAACGCCUCAGAAGUUGUCCAAAUACAGCUGGUUCGGGAAUGUCCGGCUCCAUCACUUCAGAGUACCAGAGGAUGCGGUGCUGGUUCGGUGGCUGCUUACCGUCACGCGAGGAUCCGAUCUCAACUGCGGCAACCAAAACAUUACUGUGCACUUUAGGGCAGGAGCGCCCCCAGUUAUCAACCCUAUUUACACAGCCUUUCCGAACUCAACGUCUGUCUCUCUUGCCCACAAUCUGACGCUGAUCAUCCCCAGUGGACAGAGCAUCAAUGUGACACUGUUCAAUGUGACCAACCCCAAACCAGGAGACUGGUUUCUCGCCGCACACCUGCCGAAGGAUGAUGGCAAGAUAGAGCAGCAGGGACUGCCAUCUUGCUCAUAUUUGUUCCAGCCUCAGAUGUUUGUGAGAAGAGCUGCAGACCUGUCAAUCCUGCAACACAACAUUCCUCUCUCUCAGACACUAACAACAGCACAAGCACAAGCUCUGCUUAAGGUCUUUGUCCCAGAGUUCUCCUCCAGGAUGGAUGUUUUCAUCUUGGACUGUUCUGUUAGCGGCAAGCCUGGAAAUGAUUGUGGGCUGUCUGUCACUGUGGGCUCCGGCACUUUAAAUCAGGACUCUGUUGUAAAAGUGAAGUGUUCAGGAGUCGAGCUCUGCUCUGUGUCAGUCUCUAUCCCCCCAUGGAACACCUGGGUGCUGAUUAAUGUUGAAACUAGUCUGCCAAACGCCACCGUUGGUUUCAAAAUCUCUGCCAAUGUCACAGUGGGCUGUAAACCUUUAAGCGUCUCUUCAGAUUUCAACACCACAGCCUAUAUUCGUACCAACAUUGCUCCCCAAAGCAACAUCCCUGGUGCCCUCAGCAACACAUCAGUUUCCUUAAGAGACCAACAGGGCCUCCGUGAUAACAGCUCUGAGCCUUUGUGCAUGAGAAGUCCAUCAGUGUUCAGAGAGGAGCAGGAUGUACUUUCACUGCGCUUCAUAGUGCCCAGCAGCAACCUGAGCGUGACCUCUGACCUUCCAACUGUUCUGACACUUGACCUGGACUCUGACGCUGACAGUGGUGGCACACUUGUUGUACAGAUCCACCUGAACACUAGCACUCUGACUGGUGGAUUUGGAAGUGUCAACACAUGUCUCACACCUUCUGCUCCUGUACUCAAUCUCAACAGCAGUAAACCAUGUGCCACAGGUUUUGCACAGGGCUAUUCUCUUAGCGUGACCCGCAAUGAAUCGAAUGCACUGUUGAGGAUUCCAUUCCCAGAAGCAGCAAUGUGGUACCUCAGCCUGCAGACUGUCUGCAAUGACAGUGUUGACUGCAGGAAUGCAUCAGCCAUAAUAAGUGUCUCUGUGAGCGUUAGUGCAUGCAUUGAUGACUGUGGGUCUUACGGAGAUUGCAGACUGCUACGCACUUACAGCUACCUCUACGCUGCGUGUGUUUGCAAAGCAGGUUGGCUGGGAUGGGGCUGUACUGAUGAAUCCUUUGCGCAGUCGUUUUCUCGGCAGAUGGCCGCAGCUCUGCUCCUCACCCUUAGUAACCUCUUCUUCAUUCCGCCCAUCGUCGUAGCGCUCUACAGAGGCUACCACACUGAGGCUGCAGUCUACUUCUUCACCAUGUUUUUCUCCACGUUUUACCAUGCCUGUGACCAGCCCGGUGUGACCGUGAUGUGUAUUAUGGACUAUGACACCCUCCAGUUUUGUGAUUUCCUGGGUUCCGUUGUAUCAGUGUGGGUGACCAUUGUGUGCAUGGCACGACUCCAGGAGCCAGUAAAAUAUAUGCUGUUUAUGGCGGGCACUCUUAUAAUUUCCAUGGUGAUGCAGUUGGAUCGAUGGGGGUUGUGGAACCUUCUUGGCCCUGUCCUGUUUUCUUUGGUCAUUAUGGUCACUGCCUGGGUUUAUCGAGGUGUGAAACGUCAUCACUGUUAUCCUCCAUCAUGGCAACGUUGGGUGUUGUUCCUUCUCCCGGGUAUUGCAUCUGCUUUAAUCGGAGUGUGCGUGUAUGUCUUCGCACAGACCGACAGUAACUACUUCUACACUCAUUCCAUAUGGCAUGUCAUGGUAGCCACAAGUGUAGUCUUCCUCUUACCACCUCGAGAAAAACAUGUCCCUCCCUGGGGCUGGACGCACAAAAUAUGCAGGUAUAAGAUGUGUAAAAAUGAAAAAGAAGAGCUUUACACUGUCACCUAAAAACAAUGCAAUGUAAUACUCGCACAAACCCCCAACAGAGUCAUGUGCAUUACAGUUUUCUAAAAAACGAAUUUUAAGUAUCACGUCAAGCUUUAACUAGAGUACUUUAUCUUUUGUAGAAGCAACCAGUAUGACUAAAAAACUAAUGCAUACUCUUAAAGGAACAGUUCUCCUAUAAAAUUACAAAUCUGUCAUUAUAUUCUCCCCUCAUAUGACUUUCUUUCUUCCGUGUAACACAAAAGAAAUCGAGGUCGCUCUUUUCCAUACAGCUACAAUAAAGGUGAACUGAAGCUCUCAAGCUUCAAAAAGGAUGGAAAAGCACUAUAAAAGUGUCAUAAGAGUAGUCCAUAUGACUAUAUUUCUCCUUUUGUGUUACACGGAAGAAGAAAAAAGUCAUACGGGUUUGGAACGACAUGAGGGUGUGUAAAAAAUGACAGAAAAUUAAUUUUGGGGGUGAACUAGCCCUUUAACUGUGUAAACAUGAUACUUUAAACCUUUUAACUUUUAAAAUGAUCAAUUUCACUGGGAAUACCACUAACAACAAUGAUGUAAUUUAAUAAUAUAAGUAAUUCAAUAUUUAAAAGGUUGUAUUUAAAUUAUGAAAGCAACACUAAUAAAAGAAAAUGCCAAAAGUCUAAUUAUAUGAGGCAGGUUUUUUUGUUUGAAGGCAACUUGCUGAAUAUAAGUUGAUCCUGUUUAUUCUGUGAAGCAUUUUUAUAAGACUAGCUAUUAUCAGUUAUAUCUUUUGAGAACAACACAACUGAUUUCCAGAUUCAUUCAGCACUUUCUUAAUUUGAUACUAUUUAUGCUGUACAAGAUCUUUCUUGAAUGGUCUUGAUUGGCUUUAUCAUUACCAGACUGUUGUCUCUGAGCUGAAGUUUGCCUAAGCUAUAGUUCAGUUUAAGACAAACUUGUUUUACACAUUUUAUUUAACCACUGUCAAGAAUGUUUAAUGUAGAAGAAAAUACCUCCCUCCUCUUUUUACCAUGGUCAUACACACUUAAAGCCUUUAUAUCUUUCUUGAGACAUUGUUCUAACUAUUUAAAGAGGAAGAACAUUUUAUACAGGCACUUAAAAUUUGACUUGCAUGACUUUGAAUAGGCUAAAUAUUUGUGUUCGUAACAGCAAUGUAAUAUGCAAAACUACUGACCUGAUUUACUGUGGCCCUAAAAAUAUCGGGACACUUAAGUCGCACUUAAAAUGUCUGAAUGUUAUUGCGUUUGAUUUAAAACAUCAUAUAUCAAGUGGCAUGAUGCUAGACCAUUUCUCAGAACUGAUUUAGCUUUUCUUAGUCAUUUGUUCCAAUUACAGUACUUAUAAACAACUGUUCCCCUUAAGUGUUCUAGCAUCGAUUAGCUUUACAUUAUUUCACAUUAACUAUGAACAUAUUCCACAAAGUCUGUAAACCAAAAUACUUCAUGUCUAUUGUUUUAUUAUUUGAAUCCUAACAAAAUAAAAUUUGUUAAAUGUUUAGCUUGAAUAGUGUGUUUGUGCUAUAUAUUGUAAAUGCAGCCUAAGCAUUCAAAUACAUUUGCAAAAUACCCCUGUAUUUAUGCUGGAUAUUCUGCACUUCUUACAAUCAGGCUAUUUUCAAUUUAGAGUUAGAUAAAUCGUUGAAAUGUCUCUUUUUAAAUUGCAAUCUUCUCAAAUGUAUUUAACGCAGUAACCCUUUUUUUCUUGUGUGUGGCCUUUACUAUAAAUGUAUUGGCAAAGCUGUUCAUCUCGUAUUUUCCCAGAGGUGGUAAAGUGUAGGGUUUGAAUGUGACCUUGCAAAUAUGUUUUACAUAAAUGUUUUUGUAUUUCUCUUUGUAUUUGAAUCAUAAAUUAUAUUGUCAUAUGAAAUGAUCAUCAAAAGUCUAUAUUAACAGACUAAUAACUCCACCUACUGGUGAAUCCCAAGAAGUUCUAUGGUUUUCUUCUUUCCUGUGAUUUUAGUUUUAGUUUUGUUCACAACAGAUUUCGUUUAUCAUGACAGUCUAUUUUGUGUCAAAUGUUUGGCUUUGUAAAUUGCACAUAUAUGCACAUGUAUUUGGAGGUGGAAACUACAUAAACAAUGCAAAGACAGAGAAUCUGUUUAUGUCAAUGAAGGUACAUGACAUGUUAGCGUUUCAGAUUUUUAUAAUUAUUUGUGCUCUUGAUUCCUGUCUCUUUUUUUUUUUUUCUUAAAACCUUCAGUAAUAUACAGGCUAAUAAAUUGUGAAAUAAACAAUUCAAUGAUUAUUUAAAAAUGACUCCUAAUUUGGAUAAUAAAACUUUGACUAA